GGAGGAGCGGAAACGAGAUCGUGCUGCCCAGUCACGAUACAACUGGGCAUUGUGCCUAGUUUUGUUCCGGAGGAUGCCAGAGGUCUCCGAAUAUGCGUUUGGUCUAGUACUUGGCGUUCUGAUCAUACUCCUAUUUUGCCUCCAGACUCUGGAACCUCAUCAACCAAAUAUCGUGCAACAGCCUUCACCUCCGCCAUCUCCUCCUUUGACACCGCACGAUCCUAAUCUGCCUAUCGAACCGUAUGACGAAAAGACCAUCAUCAAUUCUAUCACCGUCAUAUAUGAACUUCUACUUGACCUCAAAUACUUGGAACGGGACGAGAUCAUCUUUCCGCCACCAUCUGGCCAUGUUAUCAAUCUGGACAUAUGUCAAACAUUGAAUCUAGAUCAACGAGUUGUUUCUUUGAUGCAGCAGCUCCCUUACCCCAAAGACGUUCAGACUUCGUUGGACUUUGACCUCAUUGAUGAGACACGCAGUCCAGUCUAUACGGACGACGACGAUAUCGAGGAGUGUCGAGAUCCUGAGAAUGCUGGAACGCCUGAGGAUAUACGGCUGGACUACUUACUUCCCACGGAUGUCGCAUUGACAAUUGGGAAGCGUUAUGGCACAAAUUUAGUGCUCGAUACGAAAGAGAAUACCAUCAGGAGUGUUGAGUGUCAGGAUGGACCACCUUUUCAUGAGUCCAUGGAAAGGCCGGACGAGCAGUCCCAUUAUCGCAAUUAUCCUGCAGAGCCAGCACUUGAAGUACUCCGAAGAUAUGCCCACAAGUAUCGAUCUCUUGCAUCGAUUCCAAGGCGUUAUGGCUACCCACUUAGCAGAUGGGACCGAAAGAAGGUGCGCUCUUUCCUGAAGCUGAGCUUUCUCUUUCCUUUUUUUUGAUUCUUUCCUUGUUAUUUUCCUUCUUCUCCUUGGACAGUCUGAAGGAUUUCCUGUUGAUGUGUGGACUCAGCAUCCCGAAUUGAAAAGAAUCCUCAUCGACGAGUAUGGAUGGCCCGACAACUUCCGAAAAGAUGCCUGGGCACAAAAUUAUGAGAGGAUAUGGUACGAGAUAGAUCAUCGUUUUGAGGUACAAGAAUCAAAAUUAUAAAUUUUCUUGGUUGUAUGUACAGUACCUCGCUAGUAUAUCGAGGGAAAGUCGACUCUCAUCAGGUCAACAUAUGCGUUUCACCACACCACUUUACAUACUAUCAACCACCACUUUUG